AACGGUGCAGAGAGUGCUUGUUUUGUGAUUCUGGUGGGGUUUGCUGGUACACCGCUCGAGUUUUCUACUUUAUUUUCCUUUAACUUGAUGGUAGUUGGAGUUUUUAUAAAUAUACCCUUCCAUGGCCUCUUUCGAUCGGGAAUCAACUCAUAAAGCAGGUGAAGACAGUGAUGGUGGGGAAGGCGAAGAGGACGAGAUUGUCAAGGGAGGUGGUUAUGAAGAUGAAGAUCAAUCCAUGAUGGAUUCAGAUGGCGUUGAAAAAGAUGACGACGAUGACUUUGACCCAGAGACUGGUGGAGGGAAAAAGAAGAAAAAAUCUAAAAAGCACAAGUCCCGUAAUGAAGAUAAGAAGAGCAAAAAGAAGAAAAAGAAAAAGAAAGUUGAAAGUGCUGAACCCAGUGAGGCAGAAGAAGAACAGCCUGUGGAUGAACCGGUUUCAAAAAAGAAACCAAAAGCUUCAAAGGCAGCCUCUGCUCAAAAUGUAGUGGCUACAGACAUGCCAAGUGUUGAAGAAGUCUGCUCAAACUUUGGGCUUCAAGACGUGGAGAUUGAUUAUGAAAGUCCAGAAUUUCAAAAUCUUAACAAUUGCAAACUUUUCCAGCAGCAUGUUCGACCAUUGAUCCAGAAAGAAAACCCAAAGGUCCCCAUGUCAAAGCUCAUGAUGCUUGUCUCGGCCAAGUGGAGAGAAUUUUCUGCUACUCUCCCUGCAGGUAAUGAUACACCUCCAGAAGAAGAAGCUGUUGAAGCUAGCACGAGUCGGCCAUUGCGUAGCUCACGCAGUGCGGCAUCGGGCCGAGAAGAGCCUGAACUUCCCGAAGAUGAUGAAGAUGAAGACGAUGAAUUUGCCGAGAAAGGACGCAAAAAGCGCAGUAGAAAGCCAACUAAAGGCGGAAACGUGGUUGCAGGGAAAAAAGGAAAAGUUCCAACUAUAAAAAUUAAACUGGGCAAACGUAAGAGAACUAGCUCAGAUGACUUCAGUGCUGAUGAAAAGGAUUCUGAUGCAGAAUUCGAACAAAUGCUUAAAGAAGCUGAAGAGGCUUCCAAAGUUGUGGAAGAAUCUAAAGGCCAAGUAGCCGCCGUUCCUCGUAAAAAGGCAAAAACGAAAAUCGGUGACAAAAACAAGAAAAAGAAAAAGACUCGUACUACUGCUAAAUUUCCAUCUGAAGAGGGUGACGGGUAUGAAACCGAUCAUCAAGAUUACUGUGAAGUUUGUCAGCAAGGGGGAGAAAUCAUCUUGUGUGAUACCUGUCCAAGAGCUUACCAUUUGGUUUGUUUUGAUCCAGAGUUGGAAGAAGCUCCAGAGGGAAGAUGGUCGUGCCCGCAUUGUGAAGGAGAAGGAAUCACGGCUAGUACCGUCACCGAGAAAGCUGGCAGGAAUGCAGCAGAUGAUGAUGAACAUAGUGAAUUCUGUCGUGUGUGUAAAGAUGGGGGUGAGUUGCUGUGUUGCGACUCAUGCACGUCUGCCUACCACACGUUUUGCCUGAAUCCCCCGUUAUCCGAAAUUCCGGAUGGUGAUUGGAAGUGCCCCCGUUGUUCUGCAAAACCCUUACCAUACAAGGUGAGCAAGAUUCUUACAUGGCGCUGGGUUGAGACUAAGGAAGAACCUGCCAAGGAUAAAGUAGAAACAGCUGAAGCUACCCCUCGCAAGACACCGCCACGUCUACGAGAAUUUUUCGUCAAAUGGCACGAAAAAUCGUAUUGGCAUUGUUCAUGGAUUUCUGAGUUACAAUUAGAGGUCUUCCAUGGAGCCAUGUAUCGAUAUUACAUAAGAAAAGUUGAUAUGGAAGAACCACCAAAGUUAGAUUGUGAAGAAGUGGAUCUUGACGAAGCUCUCGAAGCUGAAGAAGAAGCUGCCGCCCAGAAAGUAAGAAAGGGAAAAGAGAAAGAGAAAGAAAAGGAAAAGGGUGAAGGAGAAAAAGAAGCAGUUAACUCGUCUCGCAAAUGGCAGAAGAAACGAAUUGAAGGUUUUGAAGAAAUGGACUUGGAAAAUCGUUUUUACCGUUAUGGAAUUCGACCGGAAUGGCUGGUUGUCCAUCGCGUUAUUAAUCACCGUACUCUGCGUGACAAUCGCACACAAUAUCUUGUUAAAUGGAGAGAAUUGAAUUACGAUAUGGCUUCCUGGGAAGAGGAAGGCCCAGAAGUGGAAAUACCUGGACUUAAACGAGGGAUUGAAGAGUAUUUCGAUCUUCGAGUUGCUUGCGGAGUAGACACACCAGCAAAGAAAAAGAGCAAGGGAAAAUCACACAAAAAGGGCAAAUCAAAGGAGGCAGCCGUUGAGGAAGAGCGUGAAACACCUCGUCGCUAUAAUCCACCACCUGAGAAGCCAAGUAGUAAUCUAAGUCGGAAAUGGGAACGACAGCCUGAUUAUAUUGAUGCGUCGGGUAUGGCAUUACAUCCUUAUCAAAUGGAAGGCUUGAACUGGUUGCGCUACUCGUGGGGCCAAGGCACUGAUACUAUUCUGGCCGAUGAAAUGGGUCUGGGGAAAACUAUUCAAACCAUCACUUUCCUUUAUUCUUUGUACAAGGAAGGACACUGCCGUGGACCGUUUUUGGUGGCAGUACCUUUGUCAACCAUCAUCAACUGGGAACGAGAAUUUGAAACAUGGGCUCCCGACUUUUACGUUGUAACUUAUGUCGGAGACAAAGACUCUCGCGUGGUCAUUCGCGAACAUGAACUUUCCUUUGAAGAAGGCGCCGUCCGGGGAGGCAAUAAAGCUUGCAAAAUCCGCACUAGUUCGGUCAAGUUCCAUGUUCUUUUAACCAGCUAUGAAUUGGUGUCGAUUGAUGCGGCUCUCUUAAACUCACUUGAAUGGGCGGUUUUAGUCGUCGAUGAAGCUCAUCGUUUAAAGAACAAUCAGUCCAAGUUUUUCCGCAUCCUUAACAGCUAUAACCUUCGCUACAAACUUCUUCUGACGGGAACGCCAUUGCAAAACAAUUUGGAGGAAUUGUUUCAUUUGCUCAACUUUCUUUGUCCAGAUAAAUUCAAUGAUUUGUUGGCCUUCACGAACGAGUUUGCCGACUUGGCGAAGGAAGAGCAAGUUAAACGACUGCACGAUAUGUUAGGUCCGCACAUGUUGCGUCGUCUGAAGGCUGACGUGUUGAAAAAUAUGCCAACGAAAUCUGAAUUCAUCGUUCGAGUUGAAUUGUCGCCGAUGCAGAAGAAGUACUACAAAUACGUUCUGACACGUAACUUUGAAGCUCUAAAUUCCCGAACGGGCGGCCAACAAGUGUCUUUGCUCAACAUUAUGAUGGAUUUGAAGAAGUGCUGCAACCAUCCGUACCUUUUCCCAGUUGCAUCCCAAGAAGCUCCCUGUUUACAAAAUGGCAUGUAUGAGACUACUGCGUUAGUCAAAGCGUCUGGAAAGCUCGUCCUACUGUCAAAAAUGCUUCGUGUUCUAAAAGAACAAGGACAUCGUGUCCUGAUCUUCUCUCAAAUGACUAAAAUGUUGGACAUUUUAGAAGACUUCUUAGAGGGAGAGCAGUACAAAUACGAGCGCAUUGAUGGUGGUAUCACUGGUACCUUACGCCAGGAUGCCAUCGAUCGCUUCAAUGCGCCAGGAGCUCCCCAGUUUGUCUUUUUACUGUCUACCCGAGCAGGUGGCUUGGGUAUCAACUUGGCAACGGCAGAUACUGUCGUAAUCUAUGAUUCAGACUGGAAUCCUCAUAACGAUAUCCAGGCCUUUUCUCGAGCUCAUCGUAUUGGACAAGCUAACAAGGUCAUGAUUUACCGAUUUGUAACACGAAACUCGGUAGAAGAAAGGGUAACUCAGGUAGCAAAAAAAAAGAUGAUGUUGACGCAUUUGGUUGUCCGUCCUGGAAUGGGAGCCAAGGGAACUUUUUCUAAACAAGAACUUGACGAUAUCCUACGAUUUGGUACGGAAGAGCUUUUUAAGGAAGAAGAAGGCAAAGAAGACGAAGCCAUCCAUUAUGACGAUGAGGCUAUCAAUCAGCUGGUCGAUCGCUCUAAUGAGGGCAUAGAGCAAAAAGAGAGCUGGGCCAACGAUUACUUGUCCUCUUUCAAGGUAGCAUCUUAUGUCACGAAAGAAGGUGAUGAUGAAGAGGAGCAGGAUACGGAGAUUAUCAAACAAGAAGCAGAAAAUACCGAUCCUGCCUACUGGGAGAAACUUCUUCGUCACCACUACGAACAACAGCAAGAGGAUUUGGCAAGAUCUUUGGGUAAAGGAAAACGUGUCCGAAAACAGGUCAACUACAAUGACGGUGUCGAGGGACGGGACGAUACUUCGUGGCAAGAAAAUGUGUCGGACUACAACUCGGAUUUUUCAGGGGCAUCCGAUGAUGAUAAAGAAGAUGACGAUUUUGACGAUCGGGGAGAUGAACCUGGUCGUGGUCGUCGGCGCAAGGGCACCGAACGUCGUGAUGAGAAAGAUCGUCCUUUGCCACCUCUCCUAGCCAGAGUUGGUGGUAACAUGGAGGUACUAGGGUUCAACGCUCGUCAGCGCAAGGCUUUCUUGAAUGCGGUCAUGCGUUACGGAAUGCCUCCGCAAGAUGCCUUCAACACACAAUGGUUGGUGCGGGAUUUGCGAGGCAAAUCUGAACGUAAUUUCAAGGCGUAUGUUUCACUCUUUAUGCGCCAUCUUUGUGAGCCUGGUGCUGAUAAUGCGGAAACCUUCGCCGACGGAGUACCACGAGAGGGUCUAAACCGUCAACAUGUUUUAACUCGAAUUGGUGUCAUGUCGCUGAUUCGUAAGAAAGUGCAUGAAUUCGAACACAUAAACGGCUUUUAUAGCAUGCCAGAAGUCGCGGCUCGGGCCGCCGAGCUGGUGGCUGCCAAGGAUAAAGCCAUAGAGGAUAAAAUGACAACGUCUCAUGCCCCAUCAGGCGAAAGUAGUUCUGCUACGCCAGCCGUUUCAGCACCAUCAACAGCGUGCCCAUCUCCCACAACUAUAGCCACAAAUGAAGAAACCAAGAAAAAGGAUGGGGAAGGCAAAACAGAUCCAGAUGACAAAAAAGAAACAGAUUUUAAAAAAGAAAGCGAAGAAAAAUCAAAUCAUGUUACCGAAAGGGAAAAGAAAGAGGAUGAGGCGCCAAAGUCUGAACAGACUGAGUCCAUGGAAAUCGAUGAUGAAAAUUCAAAGACCAUUAAAGUAGAAGACGAAAGCAAAAAGGAUAGCAAAACUGAAGAAAAGAUUAAGAAAGAACCCAAAAUGGAAGAAAAAGCUGAAUCACCCGAGGUGGAGAUCGAAAAGGUAGUGGUUGUUAAAGAAGAGAAGUCGGCGGAAGAGAAGGCAAAGGAACGGGAGCUUGCCAAAGAAGAGCGGAGCAAACGCAAAUUCAUGUUCAACAUUGCAGAUGGAGGCUUCACCGAAUUACACACCUUAUGGCAGAAUGAAGAGAAAGCAGCCGUUCCGGGCAGGGAAUACGAGAUUUGGCACCGACGCCAUGACUAUUGGCUUUUGGCCGGUAUUGUUACACAUGGUUAUGGAAGAUGGCAAGAUAUACAAAACGAUGUCCGUUAUGCGAUCAUUAACGAACCAUUCAAGAUGGACGUCGGUAAAGGCAAUUUCUUGGAAAUAAAAAAUAAAUUUCUGGCACGUCGCUUCAAGUUGUUAGAGCAGGCAUUGGUCAUUGAAGAGCAACUCCGAAGAGCCGCGUACCUCAAUCUGACGCAAGAUUCGACUCACCCUGCCAUGGCACUUAAUGCCCGCUUCGCUGAAGUAGAAUGUCUGGCUGAAUCCCAUCAACACCUGUCCAAGGAAAGUCUUGCAGGAAACAAACCAGCGAAUGCGGUACUGCAUAAGGUUCUCAAUCAACUGGAAGAGCUUCUUUCGGACAUGAAAUCCGAUGUCUCUCGUCUCCCUGCCACUUUGGCGAGAAUCCCUCCUGUGGCACAGCGCCUUCAGAUGUCUGAACGGUCCAUUUUGUCUCGUCUGGCUACCUCUGCAAGCCAACAAGCCGCCCAACAGCAAGCCCAAGCUGCUUUUGGUAACCACUUCCCACCGGGCUUGACCGGCGGCCAGAUACCUUUCACAGGGCUUAACCUGGCCAAUUUCCGGCCACAGUUCACGCUCCCUGGCCAGACUUCCACAUCAAAUUUGGCCAUGACCGCUGCAGCGGCGGCUGCUGCAGCUGCUGCAGCAGCUGGAGUCCCCCAGGCAGCAUUCCCUGGAACUUCUCCUCCUGGUUCUGAUAGCAAAUAGAUGUUUCUUUAAUGGCUUUUUUUUUAAAUAGUAUAUCUUGCAUAACUCACACUCACCCUUAAUCUUCCAUUUUUAUUUCCCCUCAAAGGAGUUGAUUGGCUGCUCAAAACAUUCCUGCCCUCUACCCUGACGAUUGUGCUGUCUUUUUCUGCUGAAUACCCCGCCCUCUUCCCUCUUCUCCCACCAACGUUUUUUUGAUUUGACUCUCGUAAUCGCUGCUUCUUUCACUGUAUUUAUGACUUUAAUUCUUUUCACUACAUUUUUCCCCAAUUUUGCCAUUGUGUCCGGAUUCAUUCAAACCAUGUUCUCUGUUUUACAUGAUUGUUCCAUUUGUGUUGGCAAAGCGUUGACUUCCUUAAAUGAUAACCUUCAUAUCUGCGGAUCGUAAGAAUAAAACUAAUGAAUCUUCAA